UAAACCUAACACACUUCUAAGUUAUCAUCAAAUGCCAAGCCAACCUAAUGCGGUUUUAACAGCAAAACCACCACAAGAUCUUGAGAAACGAAAAUUAGUUCAACAACAAUUAGUUUUUCUUUUGCAUGCCCAUAAAUGUCAGCAAAGAGAAAAGUUGGAGCCGGAAUGGCGUGGUUGUUGUAAUCUUCCAUAUUGCGCUAUAAUGAAAGGUGUUUUGGAACACAUGGUUAAAUGUAAAUCUGGGCGUAAAUGUCAUUUCGCUCAUUGUGCUUCUUCUCGCCAAAUAAUUUCUCAUUGGAAAAAUUGUCCUGAAGAAGAUUGUCCUGUGUGUAAUCCUAUUAGAAAAUUUAUUGCUGAUAAUGGACAAAGUCGAGCUAUAGAUAUACUUUGUUAAAUUAUUUGUAAAUUUAACUACAUUGUUG